AUGUCUGGAGUGAACAGUGACCUUUUACACAGAUCAACUUUGAGUGUUUAUAAUAACCUCAUGGAUCAGUUUAAUCCUGGCUUGCAAAAGCUGGUCACUUUAGGAAACAGCUACAUCAAAGCUUUUCAAGCGUUGGCUCUGACAAGCGAAGCCUACUUCAGCGCUCUUGCUAAGAUGGGCGAACAAGCUCUCAGCACACUAUCAUCUAGAUCACUCGGCGACGUGUUGAUCCAGAUAUCAGAGACUCAGAGGAAGCUGACGGCUGAGGCAGAGGGAGUGUUCCGCUGGUUCCAUGUGGAGGUUCUGCAGGCCAUGGACAAGAACGUGAAGCUGGAUGAGGAAUACAUUGAGGGCAGUCGUAGAGUGUAUGAACUGGAGGUGAGGAAUCAGGCGGCAUCGCUGGAGCGUCAGCUGAGACGUGGUGCGUUCAGAGACUCACUGGAGAGCAGCGAGUACAUGCAGUACCUGAGGCAGAGUCAGCAUGAGAUUCUCAAAGAGGAAGAAAGGAGAUAUCGUUUCUUGGCUGAGAAACAUUGCGGACUUACACAGUCACUUCUAUACCUUAUCAAUAAGACGGGAGUAUCUCUCCAGCAGAGAGCAGAUGGAUGGAAAGAGAAAGUCAGCGAGAGCAGAAGCUCCAGACCUCGAACGCCCACUCCAUUAGAUCAAGAGGCUCAGUUAAAAAGUUCUGUGGGCUCUCUGCUGCAGACUGGAGACCGAGAAAUGGACCGCGAACCUCUGGGGAGAGUGCCCUCUAGAGCCCCGUCUCCUCUCCCCAGUCGUUCCCGCUCCAGCUCUGUGGGCGAGUCUUUAGGUCUGGGCGGCGGUCGCUCCAUGAGGGCCAUCGUUUCACAUCCCGCUUCAUCCAAUCCGGUCCUGCUGCCGUUUGCCCGUGGCGACCUGUUGACUGUGCUCAUACCAGAACCACGCAAUGGUUGGCUGUAUGGACGCCAUGAUCCAAGCCUACGCCAAGGCUGGUUUCCUGCUGCCUACGUGGCAUCCACUGAAGACUUUCUACCUGUGGGCUUAAGUAUUUCACACCGAAGCCACAGCAUGAACAACCUCCUGGAGCCGACCAGCCAAUCAGAAUCCGACACCCAGACCUACAGUGAAGUUUCUUCUCCAGUGGUCUCCAUGCGCCGUGCGUCGGCAGACGUUCGCUCAGUAUCUCCCCUCCCCGAAAAGAAGACAGAGUCCAACAACGAGCUCAAGAGCGGCCAGAAAGUCUUCCACGAGAUUCCUGCUCCAGCCACACAGCUGCGCCGUGGCUCGGCCGAUGUUCGCUCGAUAUCUCCUCUCCCUGACAGGAGGGCGGAGUCUCAUUUUGAGAGCAAAGUGGAGCUCAAAAAUUACAACGAACUUCCACCUCCAGCUCCACCCCUUCCAAACUCUCCUCUGCCUGAGCGAAAGACUGACUUAACCUCAGAGAGGCCAAGUACCCAAGGACAACCACCAGAGCACCCUCUUUUUCCCAGAGGAUCUAAUCCAUUUGCCACAGUGAAGCUUCGUCCCACUGUCACUAAUGACAGAUCCGCUCCACGAAUCCAGUGA